UGACUUUUGAGUCAGUGGUUAUUCCUGAUUAAAAGGGUGCCUGAUGCCUGAAACUCCAUUUAUCUGUUCUUAGAACGCGCGCACGAGAGAGAGAGCGAGAUGGCAAAGAUGAAUUUCCGGUGUUUCUUGAUGAUUGCUUCGGUGGCGAUUCCAUUGUUGCUUUCGAUAUCUUCAGCCUCUGCUAAGAAAUCGGGUGAUGUUACGGAGCUUCAGAUCGGCAUCAAGUAUAAGCCAGAAUCUUGUGACAUUCAGGCUCACAAAGGUGAUAGAAUCAAAGUACACUACAGGGGAAAACUCACAGAUGGAACUGUUUUUGAUUCUAGUUUUGAAAGGGGUGAUCCUAUUGAGUUUGAGCUUGGCAGUGGUCAAGUAAUCAAAGGAUGGGACCAGGGACUUCUGGGAUCAUGUAUAGGGGAGAAGCGAAAAUUGAAGAUACCUGCAAAACUUGGUUAUGGGGAACAAGGGUCUCCUCCUACCAUCCCUGGUGGAGCAACGCUGAUUUUUGAUACUGAGCUUGUUGCAGUGAAUGGGAACACAUCAGGGAAGGAGGCCACAGAUGGUGGCAGUGAACUAUAAUUGAAUGAACACUCCUGAAGUCAUGGUAGCUAAAAUUUGAUUAGCUUUAAAUUCCAAACCUUGGUAGGGUAAUCAGUUAAUACUAGACAGUCACUUUCUCUUGCUUGAAAAGUUAUAUUACCAAGAUCUCUGCAGUUGUAAGUGAUUAUCUCAGUAUCAUUGAUCCCUAACCUCUUAUUUUUUGGCCCCAACUCUUGAGUCGUGGGCAUUUGAUAAGUAGUAGAACAUUGGUGGCACUUUCUUAUUCUUUUACUGCUGCAAACUGAUGAGAACUAAAAAUAACGUUUGCCGUUGCAGUUCUUGGUAAA